CAGCCUGAGUUUAUUAUCUCCGUCGAUGACCCACAAAAGGUAGGCGAUCCUAUUCGAGGGUACACAAUGUACACCGUACAUACACGCACCACAUCUCCUCUGUUCUCGAAAUCCACCUUCUCCGUCCUUCGUCGAUACUCUGAUUUCCUAUGGCUCUACGAGACGCUAUCGCUCAACAACCCUGGAGUCGUCGUUCCCCCAGUACCAGAGAAGAACCCUUUCGGUAGAUUUGACGACCAAUUCGUCGCCCAGCGGAGGCAGGCUCUGGAGAAUUGCAUCGCAAAGAUAGCAAACCACCCUGUGCUCGGAAAGGACGCGGACUUGAAGCUCUUCUUGGAAAGUGACACUUUUUCGUUGGACAUCAAGCACCGGAAGGCAGAACAACAGCAAGAGCGCGGCGGCUUGAUGGCUACCAUUGGUCAGUCAAUUGCUGGGCCUCGGUUUGUCGAGACGGACGAGUGGUUUGAUAGACAAAAGGCUUAUCUUGACACGCUCGAGGUCCAGCUCCGUGCGCUUGUGAAAGCCAUCGAGAUGGUUUCCAAGCACCGAUCAGAACUGGCUGCAGCCGAAGGCGAAUUUGCACAAACCGUCAGUGAUCUUGCCGCUUCAGACCUUGGGCAGUCUCUAUCGAGUUCUUUGGCCGCACUCGCGGAGGUAGAGAAGAAAGCACGAGAGAUAGAGGCAGAGCAGGCCAAGCAGGACGUCGUCACGCUUCUCGGAACUGCUGAUGAGUACGCAAGAUUGAUAAACUCUGUUCGAAUGGCGUUCAGCUCACGUGUGCGGACGUAUCACGCAUGGCAGAAUGCCGAUAAUGACCUGCGCAGGGUCAAACUCAAUCAUGAACGCAAUCGUGCGCAAGGGCGCAUCCCAUCAGAGCGCCUCGGUCAUUCGCUCAGCCAAAUCGCAGAUGCCGAACGACGGGCUCUCGACGCUAAGCAGGCAUUCGAUCACGUAUCGAAGCUCGUCAAAUCGGAGGUCGCACGGUUCGAGCAGGAGCGGAUCGAGGACUUCAAGAUUUCGUUGGAAAUUUUCCUAGAUGGAAUGAUCUUGCGACAGAAAGAGGUGCGCUGCGAGCGUCGGUUUUUGUGCAUUUUUUAUCUGCGUAUACUAACCUCACCGGCUUCCAUUCAGUUGAUUGCUUCCCGAGAGAAUUUUCAGCAGCAGCUGUUAAAGAAAGUGCCGUCGGGGCAUGUCUCAAAUGGCUCAAUCACCGGUAUCACCACUGCCGUCUAA